AUGCGGUGCCCGACCUUGACGCUCCUCCUGCCCGCGCUGCUGCUCGCCUUGACGGGCGCGGGCCCCACGGGAUCGCUUCCGGUGACGACGACGACGACCACGACGGAUCCAACCUCUGCAUCGCCCUGGUUCCCCACGCCCGCCUCGAUGGCAUGCGCCGAACUCUCCUACCUCCUCGCCCCCGCCACGUACCGCAGCGCCGCCCGCUCCGACACGGCCUUUAACCUGAUCAACACGCGCUCGACGCCGCGGUGCACCGUCUUCCCGCGCUCGACGGACGACGUGUCGCGGGCGAUGCGCGUCAUCUUCCGCCACCAGGCGCGAUACGCCGUCCAGUCCGGAGGCCACUCGGGCAUGCAGGGCUGGGACACGGUCUCGGACGGCGUGCUGAUCCACCUCUCCCAGAUGAGGGGCAUCGACUACGACGCCGACCGCCGCACCGUCACCUUCGGGCCCGGAGUCCGGUGGGGCGAGGUGUACAACGCCACCGCACCGCACGGCGUCUCGGUCCUCGGCGGCCGCGUCGGCGUCGUGGGCACCGGCCUGCUCCUCGGAGGUGGACUGAGCUUCCUCAGCCCGCAGUACGGCUACGCCUCGGACCAGCUCGUCGAGGUCGACGUCGUCCUCGUCGACGGCCGCAUCGUCAGGGCGUCGUCGCGCGAGAACGUCGACCUCUUCCGCGCCAUCAAGGGCGGCGGUGGCAGGUUCGGCAUCGUCACCCGCUGGCAGGCGAGGGCCGUCGAGACGGGUACCGAGAACGACAAGCACUGGUACGGCGGCAACAUCUACUACGCCGAGGGCCAGAUCGAGCAGGUCCUCUCGGCCGUCGACCGCCUGGUUGCGUCGCCAGACGACCCGCGCGCAGCGCUCACCGCCUCGUUUGGCUUCACGCAGCAGCCCAAACUGACGUGGUCGGGCGCGCUGCAGGUCUUCUACCGGGGCGACCGGGCGGCGUUCGAGGCCCACUACGCCGAUCUGCUCGCGAUCCCGGCGGCCAUCAUGGACGUCCAACCGCGCUCCUACCUCGACGCCACGCGCCAGACGCCCGUCGGAUACGAGGGCAAGCUGAGCUACCGAUGGUGGGGCCAGAUGACGCGGCCGUCGCCGGCGGGUGAGAAGGUGACGCGCUUCCACGAGCUCUGGAGGGCGUACCGUCGAUACCUCGUCGACAACCUGCACCUGUUGGAGAUGAGCUUUAUGAGCAUUACGCCCAUCAAGACGACGCAUGUCGAGCAGAGCUACCGCAACGGCGGCAGCGUCAUCUCGCCGCCGCGCGGCGUCAACUUUGCGUCGGUGCAGCACUCCGACUACCUGUUUGCCAACCGCACCGCCUUUCCGGCGUCGAUGGACGUCGAGCGCGCCGCUCUGGGUGCCGAGUGGAGCCGGUCGGCCGAUGCGCGGGGCCUGCCGCUCUUUCUCAACGAGGCCGACAAGAGCCAGGACACGUUUGCCACCUACGGCGCCUUUGACGAGAUGCGGCGGACCUAUGCCCGCUGGGACCCGACGAGAUUCAGCAUGAGGCUGCAGGACGGGCCCAAGGGGCUGUGA